GUGAUGGCCUCUUCACUCACUAUUAGGUGAACUUUUACUUCACUACGUGUAAUCAUCAUAUCGAAUUCACACCCAGUUGUUACAUAGAUACCAUGUCGAACGUCAGCCACCCUUCCUCCGUCGGCGGCUCAGCCCUGAAGGCUGUUUUUUUGGGACUUGGAUUUUUGGGUCUCUUGGCGACGUGGGGUCGCACAAUAGCGGAUGGAAGUUUCGGACUGCUUGAGGAGGCCAUGUCUGGCGAAUACACACUUCCCGGGUCCGAUAGCAUCCUCCGCGAUCGCUUCUCCGGAAUCGGUCCUCUGGAUUACGUUGCGCGCACUCUUGUCGUUUUCUUCUGGGAGGCCGUAGAUGGUUCCCACCCCAAGACGUCGGCGGCGGGUACCUACAUGGCUGGCCAAAUGGCGACAGUCAUCAAUGCCCAGUUUCUCGAUGGCCUACGCCGGGGUAACGGUGCAUCGACGCUGAAGCCUUCGGUGUGGUGGUUCAUUUUUGCGGUGGUUGCUAUUGGAUUCAGCGGUUCUCUCUGGGGCGUCUUUUGCCUGGCGACGUCACCUCUGCUCUCGACUUCUAUUGGACUGCAAGCUCUACAAGAAAGCUCCCUCAUCCAAUCCCCCCGCGCAGCCACACUUUUGCCAUUCGCAACGUAUAUCGGGUUUAUAGGCAGCAUGAUCCUCAUGUCUCUCCCUGCACCCUCUAUGGUAUCCUAUGAUUUUCGGCAGUGGGCUAUCGUCAUUUGGAAUCUGUUUCCCUUGACAAUGUCCGCCAUAGUGCAUGGAGGCGAUUACUUGCUAAAUGCGAUAUUCCCGGCUUCCCGCCGCGAACCUGAUAGAGAGGCGCACUUGCGCGUGGUCAAGUUGCUGGGCAUCAGCUCGAUUGUUCUCGGUUUCGCUAUGCAUGUCGCUGUUCUGACCGUUUCACUUUCGGCGGUCCUCUUCCCCGCUAUUUUCGCUCCUGGGUAUGCUGAACUAUUACACCCGCUGUCCGUGGCAGUGCCGCCGUUUGCAAUAGUGAAAGGGCAGACACCUGGUGAUGGGAUCUGGAGCUUUGUAGUCUGGGAUCAGGUUUUCGGAUUCUCGUUCGUGAUGUUGGUAUUCUUGGCACAGCUCCAAAAUGCCAUGCGCUUCUCAGAUCAAUUUGGAUCUUUUAGCUGGAUUAAGAUGAGUAUUAUUUGCCUCAUAUCGUCCUUUUUGAUAGGACCAGGUGCUACGAUUAUGGGCGUGAGUUGGGCGCGGGAUCGUGUUUUAUAUGGUUUGGGUAAGAAAGUAACGAAACCUGGAAACAAGAUACAACCGACCUUAGCAAGAUAGUGUUACACAUUGGUAGCUUAGGAAGUAGACAUGUUGGGUUCAGGAUUUAUAACUUAGGCUCAACGACUCCGUUAUAGAAUUAGAAAAGUACUUUUGGUGGAUACCACGUCGCUCCCAUAUCUAAUUUAUCAUAACCGCAUCGCA